AACGGGGAACCGGGAGCAUCGGGGAAGCGGGAGCAGUGGGGAGGCGCAGCACCGGGGAAACGGGAACAUCGGGGAACCGGGCAACCGGGAAGACUGGGAGCCGCAGCACCGUGGAAACGGGAAGCCAGAGAACAGGGAGCACCGGGGAAACGGGGAGCCGCGGCACCGGGGAAACGUGAAACCGGGAGCAUCAAGGAAUCGGGAGCAAUGGGGAGGCGCAGCACCGGGUGUCGACUUCAAGAUGAAGACCAUCGAGGUGGAUGGGAUCAAGGUGCGGAUACAGAUCUGGGACACAGCCGGCCAGGAGCGGUACCAGACCAUCACCAAGCAGUACUACCGGCGGGCUCAGGGCAUUUUCUUGGUGUACGACAUCAGCAGCGAGCGCUCCUACCAGCACAUCGUGAAGUGGGCCAGCGAUGUGGAUGAGUAUGCACCCGAGGGCGUCCAGAAAAUCCUCAUCGGGAACAAGGCGGACGAGGAGCACAAGAGGCAAGUGCCCAAAGAGCAAGGGUUGCAGCUGGCCAGAGAAUACGGGAUGGAUUUCUACGAGACCAGUGCCUGCAGCAACCUCAACAUCAAGGAGUCCUUCACACGGCUGACGGAGCUGGUGCUGCAGGCGCACCGCAAGGAGCUGGACGAGCUGCGGGGGCUGCCCCGCGCCCCCACCCUGGCCCAGCUGGAGGAGGAUGAGCAGCAGCCCCUGGGGAGUGAGGACACCCCCAAAACCUGCUGGUGUUGAAGGCUGAGACCCCCCAACCCCUCCUCCCCAGGCUGUGUCAGGGGGCACGGUAGGGGCAGGAUUGAGGCAGCCCCCACAGAGUGGGGAGUGACACGGGACACCCCCAGGGACAGGGAAUGUGGCAAGGGGGCUCCCCAUCCUGGCACCUGUGCCCUCCUCGGCUCACGGGUAGGGUGGGGGCUGUCCAGGCACUGUGUGCCCACCCUGUGCCACCCCGUGCCCGUGGGACCCCCGGUUUUACACAGUGGUUUGCAGAAUAAAGGUGAUGCUGGAGGGGUUGGUGGUCUGUGUGCUCCAGGGGGGCUGUGGGCAUGAAGCCAUGGCAGCAGGCACAGCCUGGGCAUGGACACUCGAGCAGUGAUCAAUAAUUGAGGGUGAUCUGGGGCUGCCAGCAUGGUGUCCCCUUUCCAGGCUGGGCACGGGGACAUGGGGCAUGAUGCCCAUGCCCACCACCAUGGCCUGCCAGGCUACCAGCUCAGCCCCACCUGAGGGAACAGGGUGGGAAAACUUGGUGGCGGCACUGGGAUGAGCCAGCAGCGGGAUGGUGGUGGGCUGGGGUGGGUGGUUACUGGGAUGAUGGUGGGCACUAAGACAGUGGAACCUACUGGGAUCUAUGUGGACACCAGGAUGCUGCCAGGCACUGGGAUGGGCACCACAGGACAAUGGUAGGCACCACAGGAGAUAGGCCCAAGGGUGGAGUCGGUACUGGGACCAGUGGGCCCCAGGACCGGUGGGCACUGGGAUGGGCAGCACAGGAGGCCCCAUAGGUGAUGCCAUGGCAGCACCAGGCAAGGAGGAGUACUGGGACACUUGUCCCCUCCUCCUCCGCCCCACAGAGCCCCAGCUCCCAGAUUCCUGUUAUUCCCUGGCUCCCGUUAUUCCCCAACUCUCACUGUCAUUCCCAACCCUCGGGAACAUGCCGUGCCAGGCUGGGAGCAUCCCACAUCCCGCAGGCAGCAGGAUGAGCAGCCGCAGCGCGCCGUGCCAUGAAUUAUUGAGGCAGGUAGAGCAUCGCCUUGGCCCCGUGCCACCUUCCUCCUUCCACGGGUGGGACGGGCAGCUCAGGUUUCUCCUGAGCCGCGGCGGGGCCUGGAGACCUUUGGACCAUGACGUGAGCACCGGGAAGCCCUUAAGAGGCGGCGC